GCAUGAUAUACCUAUAGCUAGGUACCGUACCUACCUGGUAUUGUACCUGUACAUGAUAGGUACAUGUUGCCUGUUGGGCGGCAACUCGCAUUUCAAACACACCUCACCCUCACCUUCACCUUCCCCCCCUCCUUUCCCUUCACAGCAAGCCUUACCCUUUUCGCUUUCCCCUCUUUCUGUCUUUCCAUCUUCCCCUCUGCUUAUCUUCCCCUCCUCAUCAUUCACGUCCACCCACAAUCGGUCCGUUCAAGUCGUCGAACGUAACCGCACGCAUCAAGGAAAACCCAUCCCCUGCCUAACACAUCCCAACCUCGACGAACUCGGAAUGAGAACACAAUAAGCCGCCAGCAUGGAGGUCUUCGUACGAAACGUGCCAGAGCAGAUCAACGAAAACUCCUUCCGGAACUCCUUGAGAUCGGCCUUCACCAGUCUCUCCAUUGUCAAUGUUCACUGCCAGAAAGUAAUUGGGAGGAGAUUUGCAACACUCACAUUUCUCAAUAUCGAUGAGGGACAGCAGUUUCUGGCUCGCCAUGGUCAGGUCAGAAGCGUCGACCGGCGAGCACAGCUUCCGAAACAGAGAGCAGAGAUUCUAAAAGUCCAUGGACAGCCAAUCUACUUUGAACUGAGUAGCCGUGAGGCGGAUCGACAUUUGCUUCGAGUGCUUGCGAAAGAGGCUGAUGAUAGAAUCAAGCACCAGUAUCCCAGCAAGUCCCUAGUCGUCUCUACUCAUGUUAGCCAUGCGGAUCAGCUACUUCCUUUCAAAUUUGAUUGCUCCUCGGUCGCCUGCGGUGUUUGGACUACUGAUAACUCCGAGAUAGUAUUCGCUCCGCAGGUUGAAUGGAACGGAGCUGCGACGGCGGUAUUUGGAAAGAGGAUUAUGAAGCUGCUUAUAAGCCCCGACCUGAGAAUCGAUUUCCGGUAUACGUCAGUGUUGGAAAUCACCACUGAAGAUGCAAGGAGCCCAUCAAUCACAUUUACCAUGAUUGAAGCACCAAGGUUUUUUCAGAGGAUCGAAACAGACCCUGUUGCAGAACUCAUGACACAACUCAACAUCACCGCUCAGGGGCAAAAGGCUCCAUCUGUCCGCAAAAGCCGCCAGGAUCGAAAACGCAUUCCAUAUCUAAACAAGCAACACAAGGAUUUGGCUGGAAGCUGUCUAGUCUAUCGCAUAUCUCUAAAUCCUUAUCAAAUUACAGAAAAGGGUGAUCUACUCGACUUUGGCAACAUGAUGGAGUCUUUCGGGAAGAUCCACGGCAUGCCACCCGUACUACACCAGUCUGCUCGCGUCUGUGGAUCGUUAGAACCGUAUGCUAUUGGCUUUAAAAAGUUGCAUGAAGUACUUUCUAGUAUUUCCAGCCAACUACCUUUUGCUUUGAAGUUUCAGAUUCAGCGACUAGCCCAUGAUGGAUACCUUUCACCAUCAAUGAUAAUGUCACUUUUGCCCAGUUUUGAGGGGAUAGAUGUAAGUUUUCUUUUUUCUUCAAAAUAGCUUCAAACCGAAAACCAGCUCUGUCCUUCACUGUGGAGAGGAGGUAAUAUUUGCCACUCGUGAAAACAAUUUUCUGACUCUGCGAUGUUGAGCAAUAGGCCACUGUUGCUGUCAACGUUAUCCGAAAGUUUGCGCGGAAGAUCCCACACUUUCAGCCAGACACUGAUGCCAGUGAAUUUUCUUUGGCUAGACUCAUGGAUCUUUUAGAGGAAUGCGAAUCACAAGCCAAGAAGGAAGCUGAAUCAGGGUACGAACAAGCUAUCAAAUCUCAAAAUGUGGCAAACAUUCAUCGAGCUCGAGUGACACCUUCCGGUGUAAGACUUCACGGACCAGAGCCGGAGAGCAAUAACCGCGUGCUUCGACGAUAUUCUAAACACCAUGAAUUCUUCCUACGCGUACAAUUUUGCGAUGAAGAUGGCCAGCCAAUCCGAUUCAGUAGCCGAAUAUCCAAUGACCCGAUCUUCUACGGCAGAUUUUUAGACGUCCUCAAAAAUGGUAUUGUGAUCGGCGAACGUACUUACACCUAUCUCGGUUUCUCUCAUUCCUCUCUACGUGCUCAGUCUUGUUGGUUUAUGGCCCCGUUUGUAUUUGAAGGCCGCCUUCAAAUAUACCAAAACACUAUCACUGGCCUAGGCGACUUUGCACAGAUUCGCUCUCCGGCGAAAUGCGCGGCUCGCAUAGGUAUGGAAACCCUUUCUAUCGGAGUUGAAAUGGUAGAAAGUUUAACUUCUAUUACAGGUCAAGCAUUUUCCGAUACAAGAACUGCUGUGAGGAUCAACAUGGACUCUUACAUAGAAAUUCCCGAUGUCGAACGAAACAACCGAGUUUUUAGCGACGGCGUUGGUACCAGUGAGUGAAUUAGUAUUUCUUUGUUACUCGUGAUAUUCGGACCAGUAUCGUUUUCUGCGAGAAGGACAUUUUUCCUCUCUUCUCGUAUGAUAUUGUCCUAAACUGUCUCCCGUCACUGUUCUAAUCUAUGACCCGUGGCCCGCACGUAAGAGUGACUGGAACUGUCCUUUUUCAACAGUUUUCGCCCCCAACAUUGGUAAAACAUUUACUUACCAUACUACAGUGUCUGAGCAGAUAAUGCAAAAGAUUGCAAGCAACUUUUAUCCAAACUAAAAUCAAUAGCAGCGCUAACAUGUUUUAGUGGGCGGAGCUUCCCAAGAAAAAUCGGUUGAAUCCCACCUGCCUUCAAAUUCGCUUUUUGGGCGCCAAAGGAAUGAUAUCAUUAGAUACUCGAUUGUCCGGCGAGGUUUUGGCGCUUCGCAGGUCGAUGAUCAAAUUCGACGCACCUGAGAGCUUCUCUGAUAUAGAGAUUUGUGAAGGUGCCAUCAAACCUCUUCCCAUGUAUCUCAAUCGACAGUUUAUCAAAAUCUUGGAGGACAUGGGAGUCGAGAAAAGCUUUUUCCUAAACCUCCAAGCUGCAGAGGUUAGUAGACUCCGAAUGGUCGCUGAUGAUCCUUUGAACGCCUCAAAGUUCUUGACACGUCAGUCAAUCGGUGAAACAGUCCACCUACCUUGGCUCAUCACCGAACUCGCCAUGUUGAAUUUAGAUUUCAGAAGUGAUGGCUUUUUGAGAGAUACCGUUGAACUAGCUCUGUUGGGAGAACUUCGAAAAUUGAAGUAUAAAACCAGAAUUCCGGUGCCGAAAGGAUACCAUCUCCAUGGUCUUAUGGAUGAAACGGGGUUUCUUGAAGAAGGACAAAUAUACUGCGCUGUCAUCGUUGAUGGCGUCGUCAAACACAUUGUCGCCAAAAACAUCAUUGUUAGCAGAGCUCCUGCUUUGCACCCGGGAGAUUGUACUAUUGUGGAAGGUGAGUUAAUUUUCUUCAUUAAUAUCGUAAGCUAAUGUUCUUCGUUGAUAGGAGUGAUGCCACCUGCCGGCUCGCCACUCCUGGCCCUGCACAAUUGCAUAUGCUUCAGCCAAAAAGGCUCCAGAGAUAUACCAAGCCAACUUAGUGGCGGUGACCUUGACGGUGAUAGAUAUUAUAUCAUGUGGGACGAGAUGGCGAGGCCUAAGAGAAUUUUUCGACCGGCAGAUUAUCCAAGAGUUCCGCCCCUGGAUAUUGGUCGUUCUGUAACAAGAGAUGACAUGUGCGAAUUCUUUGUCAAGUUCAUGGAGUCAGACCAGCUGGGCCGUAUCGCAGUAGCACAUCGAGUAAAGGCGGACCAAGAAGAAUUGGGUGUACUUCAUCACGCUUGUCUAAAAAUGGCGGAAAUGCAUUCGACGGCUGUUGACUUCUCAAAGACUGGAAUUCCAGUAGGCAAAACUUUCUCAGUUUACGACGUAGCUAAUCGUUGGACUCACACAGGUCGAUAUGUCACAAUUCCCCCGUAUGGUUAAAUGGCGCCCAGACUUUGAAGCUCCCGGACCACACGUUCGUAUUGAGCCAAAAGGCCUUUCUCUUGAGGAGAAGUCCUUUCGUGAGCCCCUUGAAGAAGAGGACGAGGAUGACGAAUUCUCAAGCUAUCGAUAUUACAGAAGUGAGAAAGUCCUUGGAAAGCUGUUUCGUGCCAUCGACGAACGUGAGAUCUUUAGAGAGAUUCAGGAACGCGCUUCAGCUGAAGGAAUUGCUCGUAGGUCUGGCCUGAUGGAGUCGGUUUGGAAGCACGUCGAGUCGAGAGUGAAGGGUAUCCAGUGGGAAUACUUGAUGAAUGAGGCUUCUGAUAUCCGCGAAAUGUAAGACGAUCAACAACCUACUUCCAUUUUUCGAUUGCUGACAUCUUUGGUACUUCUAGGUACGAGGAUUGCGUUUACGAAAUCAUGACAGAAUACAGCAGCCACCCAUCCCGACCUCUAUCAGAAUUAGAAGUCUUCACUGGAAACAUCCUUGGAAAAGCCGGUGCUCCCACCCGACAACAACGCGAGUUGUCCAAGACAAUGAAGGAGAAAUUCGAGGAUGACACAGCGUUCAUCGUCAACUGCAUCACCAAAGACGGCAAUGAGUAUGCCAAUUCCGAGGAGGCUCUUGCGAAGAGUAUCGCUUGUCUGGCUGUCAGUCUGGAGGCAACUAACCCAUACAAGAGAUCUGUGCAACUCUCUAGCUUCAAGUAUGUCGCGGCGGCGGUCUGUCUCCGGGAAGUGAAUAAACUCCCCGGAUGGUCGAAGAUGCCUACGCUGGAUGUCUUUGAUGAUAUGCGGCGUUUGAGAGGAUGAUUUGAUGGGGGGGUUUUUUUUUUCCUUUUGCACGCUAUGGAAAUGUGUCAGACGGUGGGAAACGUGCGUUGCGUGAUUUUUGUUUGUAAGAUUAUUCGGGGUGGGAGCUGUGCUUCAUUGCCUCUAAUUUGAGAAGGGAAAAUCCAUGGAUUUAUGGUGAGAUAUUGGGAAUGGCUCUGCUAUGGCAUGGCAUGGAAUCGCAUCGCAUCUUUGCUGUUAUUUCUAAGGGAAAUACUCGCAUGGAGAUGGGGUUGCUUGCUUGCUGGUAGAUAGGCACAUGGCGGAAUGGCAUGGGCUUACAGUAGUGGGUACUAGAGAUUAUUGAGCAAUCAUGGAUUGAAAUGGAAAUCUUGUUUUGUUUUGUUUUGUUGCUUUCCUUGAGUGUAUUCUAGAGGGAGAUAUUACUUGGCUGUGCGUACUGCGG